ACAUUGAGAUUGUUCAUCCAGGACCAAAAUGACCAAAACCCUCAAAUUCUGUAUCCCUCUCCAGGAGCAGAGGGCUCAGCCUCCUUUGAGAUGGUGCCUCGCUCGGCAGAGAUGGGGUACCUGGUUACAAAGGUGGUGGCUGUGGACUCUGACUCUGGGCACAAUGCCUGGCUGUCUUAUCAUCUACUGCAAGCUACUGAGCCAGGACUCUUCACAAUUGGUGCCCACACAGGUGAAAUCAGGACACUGCGGACGUUUCUGGAAAGGGAUGCUCUGAAACAGAAGCUAGUGGUCUUGGUGAAGGAUAAUGGGCAACCCCCGCUCUCUGCUACAGUCAGUCUCAAUCUGAUCUUUGCUGAAAACUUCCAAGAGGCACUGCCAGAAAUAAAUAACCAAACCAUGGAUUCAGAGCAACAGUCUGAGCUCCAGUUCUAUCUAGUGCUGGCCUUAACUUUGAUCUCCUUUCUGUUCCUCUUGACUGUAACUCUAGUUAUUAUGAUGAAACUCCGACAGUCGGGGAAUCUGACAUUUCUUCCAUGCUUUGCUCCCAUUCCCCAUUCAAGCAAUGCCAUUAUAUUCCCACCCAAUUAUGAGGAAGGGACUAUUCCUUAUUCCUAUCAGCUCUGUUUAUCAUCUGAGUCCAAGAUACAUGAAAUUACUUUUCCAGCACCCAAAGUUCAACCUACAGAAUAUAUUUCA